UAUGGCGGGAAGGGACCCGAGGUUCCACUGCCUUAAGGAUGACAGUCAUAGGGAACCCUCGAAGUUGGAGCUGCCAGUGGUUGCCAAUCCUGAUACUGUUGCUGGGCACAGGCCAUGGGCCAGGGGUGGAAGGCGUGACACACUACAAGGCCGGCGACCCUGUUAUUCUAUAUGUCAACAAAGUGGGACCCUACCAUAACCCUCAGGAAACUUACCACUACUAUCAGCUUCCAGUUUGCUGCCCUGAGAAGAUACGUCACAAAAGCCUUAGCCUGGGUGAAGUGCUGGAUGGGGACCGAAUGGCUGAGUCUUUGUAUGAGAUCCGCUUUCGGGAAAACGUGGAGAAGAGAAUUCUGUGCCACAUGCAGCUCAGUUCUGCACAGGUGGAGCAGCUGCGCCAGGCCAUCGAAGAACUGUACUACUUUGAAUUUGUGGUAGAUGACUUGCCAAUCCGGGGCUUUGUGGGCUACAUGGAGGAGAGCGGCUUCUUGCCACACAGCCACAAGAUAGGACUCUGGACCCAUUUGGACUUCCACCUAGAAUUUCAUGGAGACCGAAUUAUAUUUGCCAAUGUUUCAGUGCGGGACGUCAAGCCCCACAGCUUGGAUGGGUUACGACCUGAUGAGUUCCUAGGCCUUACUCACACUUAUAGCGUGCGCUGGUCUGAGACUUCAGUAGAGCGUCGGAGUGACAGGCGCCGUGGUGAUGAUGGUGGUUUCUUUCCUCGAACACUGGAAAUCCAUUGGUUGUCCAUCAUCAACUCCAUGGUGCUUGUGUUUUUACUGGUGGGUUUUGUGGCUGUCAUUCUAAUGCGUGUGCUUCGGAAUGACCUGGCUCGGUACAACUUAGAUGAGGAGACCACCUCUGCAGGUUCUGGUGAUGACUUUGACCAAGGUGACAAUGGCUGGAAAAUUAUCCAUACAGAUGUCUUCCGCUUCCCCCCAUACCGUGGUCUGCUCUGUGCUGUGCUUGGUGUGGGCGCCCAGUUCCUGGCCCUUGGCACUGGCAUUAUUGUCAUGGCACUGCUGGGCAUGUUCAAUGUGCACCGUCAUGGGGCCAUUAACUCGGCAGCCAUCUUGUUGUAUGCCCUGACCUGCUGCAUCUCUGGCUACGUGUCCAGCCACUUCUACCGGCAGAUUGGAGGCGAGCGUUGGGUGUGGAACAUCAUUCUCACCACCAGUCUCUUCUCUGUGCCUUUCUUCCUGACGUGGAGUGUGGUGAACUCAGUGCACUGGGCCAAUGGUUCGACACAGGCUCUGCCAGCCACAACCAUCCUGCUGCUUCUGACGGUUUGGCUGCUGGUGGGCUUUCCCCUCACUGUCAUUGGAGGCAUCUUCGGGAAGAACAACGCCAGCCCCUUUGAUGCACCCUGUCGCACCAAGAACAUCGCCCGGGAGAUUCCACCCCAGCCCUGGUACAAGUCUACUGUCAUCCACAUGACUGUUGGAGGCUUCCUGCCUUUCAGUGCCAUCUCUGUGGAGCUGUACUACAUCUUUGCCACAGUAUGGGGUCGGGAGCAGUACACUUUGUACGGCAUCCUCUUCUUUGUCUUCGCCAUCCUGCUGAGUGUGGGGGCUUGCAUCUCCAUUGCACUCACCUACUUCCAGUUGUCUGGGGAGGAUUACCGCUGGUGGUGGCGAUCUGUGCUGAGUGUUGGCUCCACUGGCCUCUUCAUCUUCCUCUACUCAGUUUUCUAUUAUGCCCGGCGUUCCAACAUGUCUGGGGCAGUACAGACAGUAGAGUUCUUUGGCUACUCCUUACUCACUGGUUAUGUCUUCUUCCUCAUGCUGGGCACCAUCUCCUUUUUUUCUUCCCUAAAGUUUAUCCGGUAUAUCUAUGUUAACCUCAAGAUGGACUGAGUUCUGUGUGGCAGAAGUAUUGCUGUUCUCUCCCUUUCUUCAUGCCUCCUUGAGCUCUCCUACCAGCUUCUCUUCUGAUUGACUGAAUUGUGUGAUGGCAUUGUUGCCUUCCCCUUUGCCCUUUGGGCCUUCCUUCCCCAGAGAGGGCCUGGAAAUUAUAAAUCUCUAUUACAUAAGGAGUAUAUAUUUGAAAUUUUUAAGUUGCCUUUAGUUUUGGUCCUGAUUUUUCUUUUUACAAUUAUCAAAAUAAAAUUUGUUAAGAAAAAGGA